AUGGACUUUGUGAAUGAAUCAUAUUUUACUCAGAUAUGUUCCGCGUAUAUUGCAACCUUCCUGUGCGGUAUCUCUGUUAGGAAUCUGGAGUGGAAUGAUCAUACACCCAAGCAGAUUACUUUAAUAGCUAGAUAUCACCUUUACUACACAAUGAUAAAGUUUAUUAAGAACCCUGAGCUGAUGAAAGCAUACGAUCUAAGUGGAAUGAAAGGAUAUCUUCCAGUUAGUAUUCAGUCUUUCAAUGGGGCUAGUCAUGGAGGUGGAACAUAUUUAAGGCUGGUUGGGUAAACUACUCGAAUUCCGAUGAUCUUCACUUCAUACCGUACGAGUCUAACGGCAUGACACAGGUUGGAGUACAAUUGCUUAUGGAUAGUGUGGAAAGUUAUGUUUAUUCUGUAUUGGGAGCUCAAGCUAAAACAAGAUGGAGUAUUGUUAGUAGUCAAUUAGGUAAGUCCCUCCAAACGCAACAGGCUUUUAGAAGAAUAGUUAAUGACACUGUGGUGCAGACUAAUGUGAACGUUACUAUUAGCAAUAUGAGGACAGCUAUAAGGGACACUAAUAUGAUACUGAAUAUGGCAAUCAAUCCUAACAUAAUACUGAUUCCCUCUAGACUCAUCAUCCUUGAAACACCUAUUCCUGGAUAUAAUAAUAUACUCUCAAGUCCUACAAAAACGACUACCUUUGGGAUCAACACUAAACUAAACUAUGUUGGAGUCAAACAACCUGAUCCUCCAAGGAAACAGCUUCAGGAUAGUUCACCUGUGCAACAUCUUGAUACCCUUAAGGGAAACACAGUGGUUCCCAAAAAGAUUGCGAAGGUGUACACAACUCUUCCUGCUAGUGGUGCACCUAUUGUACGGCACAAAACGGUUGGAUCCUCAGGUAGCAAUGUUUUGGUUGGACUUGGUAUUGGAGCAUCUGCUGUUUUCCUUCUCCUGAGGACUGUAAUGUGAAACAUUGUGAAACGUCCAAUCUCCCUGUUAUCAAUUUUUAAUAAAUUAUUAGAAAAAUUGAUGUGUAAAAGGUUAACUAACUAUAUUGAAAGAAUAGAAAUUCUUUAUAAGGGACAAUUUGGAUUCAGGUCAAAGCACUCUACAGUACAAGCAGUCAUAUCGAUUACCGAUAAAAUCCAAAGAGCAAUUGAGGAUGGUUUGUUUUCUUGUGGAUUUUUUUUGGAUCUAAGUAAAGCUUUUGAUACUGUUAACCACCAAAUAUUAAUAACUAAACUUGAGCAUUAUGGUAUAAGGGGAAUAACAAAAGAUUGGUUUAUUUCAUACUUAGAAAAUCGAAAACAAUUUGUAUCCAUAGGAAGUUCAGUAUCCAACGAGCUUGUUGUCCCUUGUGGUGUCCCACAAGGAUCUGUACUCGGCCCACUGUUGUUUCUUCUGUAUAUGAAUGAUUUCAAUAAUAGUUCAAAGGUUUUCGAUUUUCAUCUUUUUGCUGAUGAUUCUAAUCUGUUUUGUACAAACAAGAGUGUUUUGGACAUGGAACAAGUUAUUAAUGAUAAUAUUGUAAAUAUUAAUUCCUGGCUUAACUGUAAUAAACUUUCCCUUAACAUUGAUAAGACAAAUUUUGUUAUUUUUCAUCCACCUCAAAAGAAAAUUACAUCCACAAUAAAAAUAUUUAUUAAUCAAGUACAAAUUAAACAAGAAACUAGUCUCAAGUAUUUAGGAAUCUACAUAGACUAUAAUCUUAAUUGGAAAAGUCAUAUUCAACAUAUUUCGAAAAAAAUCAAGAGAAGUAUUGGAAUGUUGUGUAAAAUUCGCCAUUUUGUUACCUCACAUGUAAUUACAAUUUUAUUAUUCCUUAAUUUACCCAUAUUUGACAUAUGGAAUAACGUUGUGGGGAAACACCUAUAUUUCAAAUCUUAAUCCAAUAAUAACCUUACAAAAAAGAGUAGUCCGAAUUAUUACCUUUUCUAAAUUUGAUGAUCAUUCUAGUCCUUUAUUUAAAAAUCUUAAUAUUUUGAAGCUCGUUGAUCUUGUUUUUCUAAACAACGCUUUAUUCAUGUAUGAUUAUCAUAACGGGAAUCUUCCUGCCACAUGUAAUAACAUAUUCAAACAGGUUGCAUCAGUACAUAUUAUAUUGACAAAAUAAGAACUAUGGCAAAUUCAGUCUUCAAUUUCAGGGUCCUAAAGUAUGGAAUGAUAUUGAUGAUAAAUAUAAAACUCUUAGCAAAUCAUCUUUCAAGAAUAACAUUGUGGAAAAUAUGAUUUUCAUUUACUAGCGCUGCCACAAGUAUUCAUGAACAUAUACUUUUAUAAUUAUACAAAAUGAUAUAAAACUCAUUAUUUCAUUUAUUUUAUAAAAGGUCACUAGACUGGUUUAGUCUUCACUAUUUCUGGUGACCUGUGCCAUAAUAUUUAUAUUAAAAAAAAAAUCAUAUAAUGUUAUUUUACUUGGUUGGUGUGAAAUAAAUUGAUGUUGUUGUUGUUGUUGUUUCAUAAGAUGGCUCUCUAUCAGAGAUAUGAUGGCAGUAAAAUUAAUGUUAAUAUAUCAGGUGGAAGUGGAGUUGAUAAAAAUGGAUUUACAAUGAAGGGUGACAUUGAGAUGGACGGAAAUGAGGUGAAAGGUUUGGGUGCACCCACAGAUGAUACAUCUGCUGUUACUAAAAAGUGGGUUGAUGAUGAGAUCGUUAAACAGGCCUCUGUUACAGUUCAACCUGCUGGUUUUACUAUGACAGGAAACAUUAGUAUGGGAGAUAAUAUGAUCACUAACAUUACCCCAGGUAGUGACGCUAACAAUGCUGCAACACUUGGUUACGUUAGAAAUCAAAGUAUAAAGCACCUUCCACUUGAUGGAACGAGAGCAAUGUCGGGUAAUCUCAAUAUGGGAUCCAACAAAAUUAGAGCUUUAGGUAAUCCUACAACUAAUCGGUCCGCUGUUACUUUGGAAUACAUGACUGGAGCUCUAAAUAGACCUGUCUCUGGACUGGACAUUGCUGGAGACAUUGAUAUGAAAAACCAUGAGAUCACAAACCUUGUUAACCCAACAACGGAUAAGUCAGCUGUGAAUAAGAAGUGGGUCACUGAUCAUGUGAGUGGAAGUUCUCUCACUAAUAGUGGCUUUACAAUGACAGGUAAUAUUGACAUGGGAGGGCACAGUAUAACGGGACUUGCAGGGGGUUCUGUGGGAGACACAGCUGCACUUUCAAGUAAGACGAUAGACACUUGGGGGUUACAGUUUGUGAAACGUGAUGGUGGUACGCUAGCAAGUAACCUUGAUGCUAACAGUUUUGAGAUAACUCGUGUGGCUAACCCAACAACUGACGGGUCUGCUGUCUCCAAGAAGUGGGUCACUGAUCAUGUAAGUGGAAGUACAAUGAAUACGGGAGGAUUCACGAUGACAGGUAGUAUUGACAUGGGCGGACACACUAUUGAGAAGCUAAGAGUGUCCUCUCGUAGUAACCCCAAUAGGGAAUCUGUACCUAACGUUGGAUGGAUCAUGGAUAAGUUCAUGAGUAAGAUGGGCGGUCUGGUGGAAGGUGAUCUUGACAUGGGAGAUUCAAGUGGAAUUGUGGAUUUAAGGGACCCCGUUAAUGAUAAAGAUGCUGUGAACAAAAAAUGGGUGGAGAGUAACUUUGCCCCUUCUAUUCCGUCUGGGAAGUACAUAGAAAAGCAUCACAAGGUGGUACAGUGGGUGUGGGGUUAUCGUGGAGUUGCAAAUGCUGAUACCAAGUAUCACGCUUACUGUCACGAUCAGAUUCCACCUUCAUGGAGAAUCGAUACUAUUAACAAUCUGACUAACAUUAAUUUGGAAUCAAUCACAGUCAAGUCUGACGCUCCGCUUCUCACAGACAUUACUAAUGUGAACCUAGAACUGAUUCUACGUGUGUCAAUCUAUGUGAAGCAGUCCAACGGUAAAUUCGCACAGCAGACAAAGGAUAUUGUCCUUGGAACUAUCGAUUUGACUAGGCUUCAGAAUUGUUACUUUCUCGGCACAUAUCAGAGUGAUGGUGCAAGUGGAGCUUGCUGGGUAUUCAAAGGGAACAGUGAAUAUUACAUUGGUGGGCAUGCUGAGUUGGUUGACAAUACGAUGGCAUGGUGUGUGAUAGUCAAGCCUGAACAAUCAAUGCCCACUGGAAAGAGCAUGGAUAUGUCCUUCUGUUGGUGUCUGUUGUAUUCGGGAUCAAAUGGUGGAUAAGAUGUUUAAUAUCAUAAUGUAGAAUGUCGUGCUCAGAUGGUGAAAAGUGGCGGUCAUGUUUUUCUUGCAUUGAUAAAAUAUAUGGCUGUCGCAAGGGGUCUAAGAAAAAUAAACUUCUCAGUAUCCAAUGAAAUUAAGGUUGAAGUGACCGCACAGGGUGAAAAACAUGAUGCAAAGUGGGUGUCUGAAUCAAAUGAGAGAAAGGUCUAUGUACCACACAGUGUAAAUUCUGAGGGAGUCGGUGAAGCUUCACAGUGAGGUAUUAUGAUGAUGUGGGGUAAUUGUAGUGUAAACGUUUGGUGUGUGGUUAUGAGGAUCACACAGGAGCUAUGUGACCGCUAAAGCGAUCCCGAAGCUCCUCAAGUAAGUGUAACGAAAACGAUGUAGGAUCAACCUAGCGGGCAGCAAUUCGGUGGAUCUUUAACAAGAAAACAAGUAUGCAAAUCUGGUGCUCACACAGGAGUACCCUGGAACCAGAGGGUAUUUAUUUUCACCUGUUUUGAAUAACUCUCUGGUGAAAUUGGCUGGGUUUUUGGGGUCACAUUCCACACAUAACUUUCAAAAUUGGAAGCUAGAAGUUGAUUGGUUGCUGACUAGGUUCGAUAGACUACGUGUUCUGAUUGGAUAUUGUAAGCACAUAGCCUGGAUAUUGUAAGCACAUAGCAAAUUUUACUGUAAAACAAGAAAUCAAGAAUUGAAAAAUUUGAAAUAUCUAUAAACGAACAAGAGUUGAAAGAAGCAGUUCAGGCUACUCAUCAAUACAGCGCCUUGUCCAAUUUGAUUGAUCGUAAAGAUGUAUUUUGCAUACUGCCUACCGGUUAUGGGAAGAGUUUAAUAUUCCAAAUAGCACCGAGUGUAGCACAACGAUUUGGAAAAACCCACAAUUUCCCAGAGAAACCCAUCUUAAUAGUCAUUUGCCCAUUGAACUCUUUGAUUGACUCUCAUGUCCGUGAACUAAGAAAGCGUGGAUUCAGUGUUACUUCACUGUCAAACGAAGAGGACGAGAAAGCAAUUCUAGAUGGAGAGUUUACAUUCGUAUUUUGUAAUCCCGAGUCUAUUAUUCGAAGUGCGAAAUGGAGAGAAAUGGUUUCAUCAGAAAUAUACCAGGCAAAUUUGCUUGCUUUUGUAACAGACGAAGUUCACGUCGUCCCAAAGUGGUGGGUUAAUUAAUAAAUUUAUAUACAGAUUUUCUUAAGCCCUUUGCCUUGUUUGUAUUUAUAAACUGGCAGGCAGAUUUCGAUAUCAUUUUUAAUCACAUAUUUGCAGAUCAUAUAAUUACAAUAAUUUGCUAUAAUCAGCCCAACAGGAGGGCCAGCCCUCCCUGUAGGGCUCAUGUAAACACCGACAGUGUUUGAACCCGAGAGUAUGUAUAAAGUACAACAUAAUUUGUUUUUAUGUAUGUACAUUAUACUUCUUCACUGAAUUAGGAAAAAACAUCUAGUAUCUGUAUAUGAGCUAACAACUUUAUAAAUUUUAAUACUGUAAAGGAUAGAAAAUAUUUAUAUUUAAUACUGUAAUUUAUUUGUUUUGGUGGAGAAAUCCAGAAUAAUUUUUGUCUUAUCAUAUGUAGGGGAUUUGGAAAAGGAGAAAGAGCAGCUUUUCGAGAAUGCUUUUCCUGUCUAUCUGAACUUAGGUCACUUGGUCCUCAAAGACCGCUUGCACCAGUUUUGGCUCUUACCGCUACUGCAACAAAGAAAAUUCAAGAAACUGUACUCCAAGUCUUAUCAUUCAGGCAAGAUUAUGCCCUAAUAGAGGAAACACCAAAUAGAACAAAUAUCUAUUUGUCUAAGGCACAAAUUGGCAAGAAUUUAAAAUUGGCCUUUCAGUUUCUACUUGAUAAACUUAAAAAGGAGAAACAAGACAUGGAGAGAACUAUUGUUUACUGCAAAUCAAUAAAGCUGUGUGCAUCUCUGUAUUCAUUGUUCAGAAUUGAACUUGGUUCUGAUGCAUACCCCAUUGACAUGGAACCAAAUCUAAAAAUUGUUUGUUUGGAAUGUUUCACCAUUGCACAAGAGAAAUAA